AUGCCCCAUGCCGAACCUUCUUCCCUCUUCUCCCUAAUAGCCUUCCUCGCUGACCCCACCCCCGAAGGCGGCAUCGCCGAGCUGGCCCGGCGCGCCCGGUACAAUGUUCGGACGCUACUCAGCAACCCGGCGGGGGAGAUCUCGGGGGCACUGGGCGACUUGGGGACCUUGCUGCCGAUUAUGAUUGCAAUGACGCUGCAGGGGGCGGUUGAUCUCCCUGCGACCCUCGUGAGCUCUGGCGUGUGGAGUGUUGUGGCGGGUGGGGUUUUUGGGGUGCCGGUUGGGGUGCAGCCUAUGAAGGCCAUAGCAUCCACCUCCCUCUCCCACCCACUCCCCCUCGAAAUCGUAACCGCAUCCGGUGCCCUUGUCUCGCUCGCUCUCCUUCUCCUCCUCGCAACCAACCUCCUCCCCCUUCUUGCCUCUUCCAUCCCCCUUCCCCUCAUCAAAGGCAUCCAGCUCGGCGCUGCCCUCCGUCUCGCCCUCUCCUCAGCAAACCUCAUCCUGCCUCUCCCCUGGCUGCCUUCUUUUUCUUUAACCGGCGGUUUUCUUAAUUGCCGGGUUGCUGCUGCUAUCCUGUUUUUUGCGGCGUUUGCAGGACAGAGGCUGGCGCCGCGUUUUCCGACCACGCUUGCACUUUUUCUCUUAGCUGCCGCCUUUACAUCCCCUUCCCCUGGCGAACCCCAAGACUCUCCCAAACUACAACACAGAAUCAUACCACCCCCCAACUUCAUCUCCGCCCUAACCUACACUACCGCCCUCGCCCAACUCCCCCUCACCUUGCUCAACUCCAUCCUGGCAGUAACUUCCCUCGCAGAGACCCUCUACCCCCCUUCUCCGCUGACCCUGCUGGGUUUACCCCCCAGCGAAGAAACCUGGACACCCUCCGCUCCCUCAACAACUUCCUUAGCCCUCUCCAUCGCACUCAUAAACCCCUUAACUGCCAGAUGGGGCGCCAUGCCGCUGUGCCACGGCGCGGGCGGUCUCGCAGCGCAAUAUUUCUUUGGUGCGCGCUCCGGCUCCGCCAUCAUCUUGCUCGGUCUAGUCAAGCUCGCCCUCGGCCUGUGGACCGCGUUUAUUGGUCCUCAAGGGGAAUAUACAGUGAUAGCCUGGUUGAAAGGGUUUCCGAAGAGUGUGCUGGGGGUAAUGGUAUUCCUGGCCGGACUGGAGCUGGCAAAGGGGUGUUUGCCUGGCGAAGAAAGGCCUGGGGUGAAGGACGUGGAGGGGGAGAGGGAGUCGUGGGUGGUAACGAUGGUAACAGCGGUCGGGGGCGUGGCGUAUAAGAAUGAUGGGGUUGGGUUUGUGAUGGGUUUGGGAAUAUGGGUGUUGCAGAGGGGGGAGAGAUGGUUAAGACAGAAGGGGGAGGGAAGAAGGGGGGAGAGCGAGCCGCUUUUGGUGCCAGGUGGGUUUCCUGAGCAGGAGUGA